AUGGUCAAUCACCCCCGUUCCAAAAUCGCCAAGCCCGAGCCCGAGCACGAGCACAAGGACGCGCGCGAGCAGGAUGACGAGCACGAACAGAAUGACGCCCCAGAAAUGAAAGAUCCUCUUCAGCCUGGUUCAUCUGACAUCGAUGAAAGAAUGACCCGGGAUUAUAAGGAUGUCAUUGAUAGUACCAACAUCCUCAAUGCCGAUCGUCUUCGUCACGCAAAGCCCCAGUCCACCACGGCCUACCACGAACCAACCGAGGAAGAAAUCGAUAUCUCUUGGCGGCCUGAUCCAUCAGGCGAUCCGCGGAGGACUUUCUAG